AUGGGUGAAGUGUUCUUAUUAGAAGAAGACCAAAAACAAUUAGAGCAUUUAAGUAUGAGAGACAACGAGACUACGAGAGAAAUGGACUCAAUUGGUCCAAUGUCUCCACGGCAAAAAAUCGCCAGAGUCUUUGGAGCUCCGAAAAGAUUAAUAGAAAAGAAAUUCAGCCCUGGAUCUCUAAAGGGCAGCGUUUUCACAAUCAUAGCUUCCACUAUUGGAGCAGGAAUUUUGACCCUGCCUUAUGCAAUAAAUUUAGCUGGGCUAUAUAUGGGUAUCUUUCUUUUUAUUGCAGGGUUUAUUGUGAGUCUUUAUACAUGCCAAUUGUUAGUUAUAGUAUCAGACUUAACAAAAGUUCCUACAUAUGAAGGUGUUGGUGAGCACUUAUACGGCCCUAAGAUGAGGACGUUUUCAGAAAUUAAUAUGAUUAUUAACAAUUACGGAACUUAUAUAGCUUAUGUCGUUUUGCUUAAGAGCCUAGGACCACACGCAUUUCGAUUAUUAGGAAUUAAUGAAGGGCUUCUUGACAGUGAUUACGCUUGAGGAAUCAUAAUUACUACGGCAAUCGUCUUCCCCCUUUCAAUCGCUAAGAAGAUUUCAGUCCUUAGGUUUACAUCAGUUUUAAGUUGUGGAGCCUGCAUUUAUUUAUCAAUAGUAGUUACAGCAGAGUUUUUUGAUCUCAGACGAAAUGAAAUCGGCAAUCGAUUUGAAGACGCUUCACCGGCAGAGUUUACUGCCUACAGCAUUUUUGAGGUUUGUCCAUUGGUGGUCUUUGCUUACACUUGUCACCCCAAUGUGUUGCUUAUUUAUACAGAGCUGCAAAGAAGGACCCCUGGUCGAGGCUACAAGUUCUUAAUGAGAGGGUUGGUGACUGUGAUGAUAAUUUAUAUCAUAGUCGGGGUUUUUGGGUUUUUAACUUUCUAUAAGGAGUAUCAUGGGUUAGAUAACUUUCCCAGCAAUAUAUUGAGUGCCAAAUAUCCUCAUGGAAAUGUCCCAGUUAUCAUUGUAAGAUCUAUAUAGAGCUCGUUUACGAUGUUUAUAACAGUGCUUUGUGGAGCACCUUUGUUGAUGCAUCCGUGUAGGGAUGCGACGUUGUCGUUGAUUUAUAAGGGUAAAGAGUACCCAAAGAGAAAUUACUUAAUCCUUGUCACAAUUUUGGUGUUUUCUGGAAUGGGACUUGCAUUGAUUAUUCCAAAUAUCGCGCUUGUCCUUACACUUUUGGGGUCAGUGUCCAAUCCAAUCAUCUGCUUUAUUUUGCCAUGCAUGUUCUACAUGAAAGCCAAGCCCGGUAAAUGGACCAGGCCUGACUUGUUCAUCUGUUGGGCUGUGAUGAUAAUAAUGACCUUGAUUGGUAUCAUGGGAUUCAUCAUGUUCUGGUGUGGACUUGCAGGCUACACAUUUUAA